UUUUUUUAAGUUUGUGUGAAAGUCUGAAAGAAUGAGUUUGUUUAAUAGGUAUUCCACUCACAAGAUAGGCAAAGCAUUUUCCCAAAUCAUUUUUGAAAUCCUGUCUGUGUUCUAUUCUUAUGCUGCAUACUUUUACUAUAAUUUAUUUAUUCAUUGUUCUACUAGAAAAUGGGGGUGCAUAUAAAAGGGAUGACAAUGUUAGCUAAAUUUUGUAUAAAAACCAGCAGUAUUGUGAUGCUAAACAUAUUGGAUUUCCAUUUUGAACAGAUUGUAUUCAAAAAUCUGGCCAGUCGACCUUACAGCAUUUAUGUGCAUGGAGUUUCUGUUUCAAAAGAUGCAGAAGGAGCUAUUUAUCCUUCAGAUCCCAAAGAGAAUAUAACUCAUGGCAAAGCAGUUGAACCAGGACAGGUCUACACAUAUAAAUGGACUGUGCUGGAUACAGAUGAACCUACCGUAAAGGAUUCUCAGUGCAUUACUAAAUUAUAUCAUAGUGCUGUGGACAUGACAAGAGAUAUUGCUUCAGGACUUAUUGGGCCACUUCUGGUUUGUAAACGCAAGGCACUCAACAGCAAGGGGGUACAGGAUAAAGCUGAUGUGGAACAGCAUGCAGUCUUCGCAGUGUUUGAUGAAAACAAGAGCUGGUACUUGGAAGACAAUAUCAAGAAAUACUGUAGCAAUUCUUCCACUGUUAAGAAAGAUGACCCUAAAUUUUACAAGUCCAAUGUUAUGUACACACUCAAUGGCUAUGCAUCAGAUAGAACAGAUGUUUUGGGGUUUCGUCAGUCUGAAAUUGUUGAAUGGCACCUCACCAGCGUAGGUACAGUGGAUGAGAUUGUUCCAGUACAUCUUUCUGGUCACACCUUCUUAUCCAAGGGAAAACAUCAAGAUAUUUUAAAUCUUUUCCCCAUGAGUGGUGAAUCAGCUACUGUAACAAUGGACAAUCUAGGAACCUGGCUUCUGUCAUCAUGGGGCUCCCGUGAGAUGAGCAAUGGCAUGAGAUUGAGAUUUUUGGAUGCCAAACAUGAUGAUGAAGACGAGGGAAAUGAAAAAGAGGAAGAACAUUAUGGUGGUAUUGUUGCCAACAUUAUCAGUGGCGGUCCUUCAGAAGUAGUAAAAAAGAAAGAAAAGGACCCCAGAAAUGUAGUAUCAGACUCAGAAAUGGAUAAGAUAGCAAAAGAAUUAGGAUUAUUAGAUGAUGAGGAUAAUCAAAAAGAGUCAAGCAAUGAACAGACAGAGGAUGAUGAAGAACAGCUAAUGAUAGCUUCAAUGCUUGGGCUUCGAUCAUUUAAUGGGUCAGUUGCUGAAGAAGAAUUGAAUCUCACAGCUCUAGCUUUAGAAGAAGAUGCCCAUACUUCUGGUGAGCUAUCUUUAAACACUCAUCUAGUGUUGAUAAACAGCACUGAUGCUAUGCGUGGUAAUGAAGAAUUGGGAACUCAGAAUAACUCUUAUGUAAAUGCAUCUGAGACAAUCUAUGCUAAUUAUACAUCUUCGACAGGAGAAAUUUUAAUUUCAAAUAUCACUGCAAUGAUUGGCAUCUUGCUAUCUAAGAAAAGCCAAAAUGAAGAGAAUAUUACUCAGAUUUCAGAUAGCUACAAGCAAAUGCUUGCUGCUGAAUAUUUAAAAGCAGGCAGAGGUCUUCAGAGCAAAGAUAUAGAAGAUUUAAUGUCCCCUGAAAUAAUCCCUUCCCUGAAAGAGCAAGAAGAAAAUACAUUUGAAAAAGAUAUUUGGGAUAAACAGGGAGAAAGACAAAUUCUGACAGAAGCAACUUUGCAUGCUCUUAAAGAGAUGCAUGCUCUAUUUUUUUAUGUACAACAAAAGAGAAAUCUUUCUGCUUUCAACAUCACAAGUGAGGACAUGAAAUUUCUUUCUAGUACAGAAAAUGACUCUACCACAGAUAACUCAAAAGCCAAUUACUUUUCAUAUGAUUAUGAUUAUGAUUAUAAAGAAGAAGAAGCAACAGCAGCAGCAAAUGUUGAGUUUUCCAAAGUUAUAACAAAUACAAUUUCAGAUGAUAAAAAAACAGUGGAAAACAAUGGAUCUGAGGUAAACCUUGUUUCUGUACCUUCUAUAAUGCCACAACCUGAAAAUUUGACUUCAGAUGCCACAUUAGAUAAUUUUGUUUCUUCAACAAUUUUGAAGACUACGAAGACUUGGAACAGUUCAUCUCACCAGAGACAGAAAUGCCUUCCUAAAAACACAGACAUGGAAUGGAAGAAAGAAAAUUACGAUACAUUAGCAGAUAUCGCUAACGAUGUUGACAAUAAAUUCCAGAACAGCAGCAGAAAUGCCUCAUUUUAUCAAGAAAAUGCCAUGUUCCCUGGAAAAAGAAAAGAGAAAACAGAUAACUCUAAUGGUCAACUUGAGUUGGGCCAACCAGGAAUUACUAACAAACAUGAUUCCCAGAAAGAUGAGAACUGCACUAUCAAUAUAUCUCAAUCUUUUAUAAAAAUCCAACGAAAGAAAAAAAAGCCAAAAGUUUUAACUCCAAGGGCUUCCAAGCAUCUAGAGUUACCUAGAAAUCUCAAUCAUUCCCAACUUUCUAAUAAACCCAACCACACAAAAUUGUUAAAUGAGGCCAAAUUGACACGAAAACAGGACAAGCUUGUUACAAUAGGUCUUCCAGUGGAAGAUGGUGACUAUCAGGAAUAUGAGAUAGAUAAUACAGACAAUGAUAAGAGUAGCAGCGGUUCAUUUGAGUACGAGUUAAUGUAUUAUGAUAAUCCAUAUACCACAGAUCCUCGAAUUGACAGUAAUAGUGCACGUAAUCCUGACGACAUAGCUAGACACUACCUGCGUACUACCAACAGCGGAAAUAAAAGGAUGUACUACAUUGCAGCAGAAGAAGUUUUGUGGGACUACUCACCAAUCAGAAAAAGUCAAGUGAGAAGUCACCCAGCCAAGACCACAUUCAAAAAAGCUAUUUUCCGAAGUUAUCUUGAUGAUACUUUCCAGACACCUAGCACUGGAGGAGAAUAUGAAAAGCAUCUUGGUAUACUGGGUCCUAUCAUUAGGGCUGAGGUGGAUGAUGUAAUCGAAGUUCAGUUCAAAAAUUUGGCCUCUAGACCAUACUCACUUCAUGCUCAUGGCCUUCUCUAUGAUAAAUCUUCUGAAGGCAGAAGCUAUGACGACCAGUCUCCUGAAUUGUUCAAAAAGGAUGAGGCUAUCAUGCCAAACGGCACAUACACAUAUGUCUGGCAUGUCCCCCAACGGUCAGGACCAACAGACAAUACAGAAAAAUGUAAAUCAUGGGCCUAUUACUCUGGUGUAAAUCCGGAAAAAGAUAUUCACUCUGGCUUAAUUGGACCUAUUUUGAUCUGCCAGAAAGGCAUGAUUGACAAGUACAACAAGACAAUAGACAUAAGGGAAUUUGUCUUGUUUUUUAUGGUCUUUGAUGAGGAGAGAAGCUGGUACUUUGCAAAAUCUGACAAAAGGACUCGUGCAGAGAAACUUAUAGGAGUCCAAUCUCGCCACACAUUUCCUGCAAUUAAUGGGAUCCCCUAUCAGCUGCAAGGCUUGAAGAUGUACAAAGAUGAGAAUGUCCACUGGCAUUUGCUGAACAUGGGUGGGCCCAAAGAUAUCCAUGUUGUUAAAUUUCAUGGUCAGACAUUCACUGAAGAGGGAAUGGAAGAUAAUCAACUUGGAGUCCUUCCUCUUCUUCCUGGUACAUUCACCUCCAUCAAAAUGAAACCAUCCAAAAUUGGCACAUGGCUUUUAGAAACAGAAGUUGGUGAAAAUCGGGAAAGAGGAAUGCAGGCUCUCUUUACUGUCAUUGACAAAGAUUGUAAAUUACCAAUGGGACUGGCAAGUGGGAUAAUACAAGACUCACAGAUCAGUGCUUCAGGUCAUGUUGGAUAUUGGGAGCCUAAGCUAGCAAGACUGAAUAAUCCUGGAAAAUAUAAUGCUUGGAGCAUCAUAAAGAAGGAACAUGAACAUCCAUGGAUCCAGAUAGACCUACAAAGACAAGUUGUCAUCACAGGCAUUCAGACCCAAGGAGCCAUGCAACUACUGAAACAUUUGUAUACUGUGGAAUAUUUUGUUACCUACAGCAAAGAUGGGCAAAACUGGAUUACUUUUAAAGGAAGACAUUCCGAAACACAAAUGCAUUUUGAGGGUAAUUCAGAUGGUUCCACAGUAAAAGAAAACCACAUUGAUCCUCCUAUUAUUGCCAGAUAUAUUAGGCUGCAUCCAACCAAGUUCCACAACAGACCUACUUUCCGCAUUGAACUGUUAGGUUGUGAAGUUGAAGGUUGCUCAGUGCCAUUGGGAAUGGAAAGUGGGGCUAUCAAGAAUUCAGAGAUUACAGCCUCUUCUUAUAAGAAGACUUGGUGGAGUUCAUGGGAACCAUCCCUUGCACGACUCAAUCUGAAAGGACGAACAAAUGCUUGGCAACCAAAGGUAAACAACAAAGAUCAAUGGCUACAAAUUGACCUGCAACAUCUUACAAAAAUAACAAGCAUAAUAACUCAAGGAGCCACAUCUAUGUCUACAGCAAUGUAUGUGAAAACAUUCUCCAUCCAUUAUACUGAUGACAAUUCAACAUGGAAGCCUUAUUUGGAUGUUUGCACUUCCAUGGAAAAGGUUUUCACAGGAAAUAUUAACACUGAUGGUCAUGUCAAACAUUUUUUCAAACCUCCUAUAUUGUCCAGGUUCAUUCGUAUCAUCCCUAAAACAUGGAAUCAAUAUAUUGCACUCCGGAUAGAACUGUUUGGUUGUGAAGUUUUUUAAGGCUUGGACAGAAGACUAUCAAAUCAAGCAACUUCAAUGUUUCAAGUUUUCUUAUUACUAACUCUGCUUUUUAAAAGGAAACAAAAACAAAAGCAUAAUAAAACUGUAUUAGCAUCAAAAAAGCUAUCCUUCUCAAACAAUUUUCAGCUAUAGCUUUCAAAUAGCUUUGAAAAUAUCAAUCAAAAUAUCAUAACUGAAGUGACUUUACAAUGAUUAAUUCUAGUGCCACUUUAAUCAUGAAUGUACAUUCUAAUACAAUAAAAUCUUAUUUUUUUGCCA